AUGGUCGAUUUAAGUCCAAUACUCGGGAAGCAUAUAACGUUCCCUCUGAUGUGCUGUUUUUCGUACUUAUUGUAUAAAGAACUGUUAACGAUAGAUAAACCGCAGGCUAGUGUUCAGAACGUCAAAAACAAAGAGUCAUCGAAAGGUGGUGAUAAAUGGAAACCAAUAUCGCUCAUGGAUAAGGAAGUGGAAGCGAGCUCUGAUGCUUGGGAUAACACCAAACCGUAUCCCUACAAGCCUUUCAAAGCCGGAGAGUACAAACUCAACAUGGGCGUGAAAGCAAUUCCCAUUAGCGAUUGGUUAGUGUUAGAAAACACAUACAAACAGAGAAUCGAGGCCAAAUGGGAAAUCAUUCGGGAAAAUUACGAUGAUGUAAUUUACUUCUUGGAUCCAGCAAUGAUCAACCAAGCUUCGGGAAACAGUGCUGAAAGCGGGGACAGUGCAUUGAAUCAAGAGACCCUUAUUACAGAGCAGGACGUGGAAAACUGUCGAAGAGCACUUUGCGAGCUUUACGACCAUGUACUCGGGUUUCUACUGAAGCGGUUCCCUCAAUACUUCGAGCUUUUGUUGUCGCCCUCGGAGGAAUCACCAGGUGUUCUACACAACAAGAUAAUGGGGGAGUUCCAUCCUGUAGAUCCGCGCAAAUAUCUAGAGCUCUCGAAGAACGAUCUGGAAUUCGUGAACUACACAUGUAGAGACACUGAUGUGAUACCCGCAAAUGUAGCGUCGACUGACGCCAAGAGAGACCACAUCGGGUACCGAUCUUUGAUGUCAUGUACAGAGACGAAAAGGUCGCACGAAUUGAUUCUCUCUCUGGCCAGGUUAGUGGAAGAGGAUUUGCUGCUGUUGCUUCCUAAUUCCAGUGGUCAAUUCAACGAAGAAUACAUUCUGAUGGUGGGGUGUUUUGCAUUUGCAGCUGGGUUUAAUCCACGAGAACGGUUUUUGAAGCCUUUGACUUUGGUGCAUGGGCCCGUUCCUGAAUACAAACAGAAACUCCAAACUCAAAUGAAUAGGUUUUUUCAAACGCACAAGAUGGGCAAGCUAGUGAUGCGACUCAAUUUCUCAUUUCAAACCCACACCCAAAUGUACGUGACUGACGACAACAAGGGCACGGAUGACGAGCAGAUCUCUGCAAAAUCUCUGGAAGAUUUGCGCGGUGGUCGAGAUUUGUUCUAUCGAUCCGAGCGACAAUGUUUAAUCAAGCUCGGCCCUCAGUCCAAGGCUAUGUGUUUCUCGAUCAAGACCUACCUUUGGAACAUGGCAGACCAAUUUUUGACAGACGAGCACUACUCAAAGAACGGCGUGCUGCAGGACAUGUACGACGCGGUAGCCGGCAUGCAGGAGAACGUUGGUCAGUACAAGCGUCGCCCUGAAUGGGGGCCAGCAUUAUUAACUUUACUCCAGCAGAAGCUGCAGAAAGCAUAA